UCCUCCCCCUUUCGGUCUCGUCACAGGCAGAUAGCAAUAGCACAGGCUACAUUACAAGGAGGGAGCUGGUGGGAAAGAUAGCUACUGGUGCAGCUAACACUGGAUUAAAACAAAGGAUACGAACAAAUGGAAUAAACACGGACUGCAGCAGCGUUAAGCGGUUUGGAUACAGUCUGCCAGCCUGACAUCGUCGAUGGAUUGUAUGAUUUUAUGCUACAUAUAACGUUGGAUCCAAAAUGCGACUUACAGUCUAGUCUAGCUGUAACUCUGAUGCAUGCACUUGUGGCCAGCGCUAUUGGAUAUUGAUUGACUUACUGUGUUUAUUUUGUUGUUAUCCGUAUUAAUUGGGUAAAAUGACAGAUAUGACAUGUUAAAUUAAUGGUAGCUGGCAGUGUUCUGGGAAACGUCUCCUAUAAAUAACUGAACGAACCAGCGUUGGCUAGGCUGGGAGCUAGCAUUAGUCAACGACGACUGUUUUUAACUUAGCUAAGCUAGCCAGUUAGCAUCCUAGCGUGCACCCCGGCCGGGGACAUUGUUUAAAUACCUUGAACAAAAGUGGAAUUAUCGACUCCUGGUAGUUAUUGGAACGUGGCCAUUAGUUUUAUGUGGAAACUACUUGGGCAAGGUGAAAUUCCUGCUGAAAGAGACCCUGUCAACACGGCAGUUCUAGUAACCUGUAUUUACAACUCUGCCAGAGACCACCCCCUAGAAAUGCAUCACCCCGACUCAGUAGGAGAUCCUGCGAGCGCCCGAAAAAUGGCGCAACCGGCGAGUUUUCCCAGGCGGAGUGCGAGUAACACCGCUACUGCUUCUGCCUCUUCAUUGACAUCUUCGGGAACUACCAGCCUUAGCAACAACCUGAUGCCGGCAGAUGAUUAUAAGCCUUCAGCGUUGAUCCAGCCGAUGGCCCCGGCCGCGUCCUCUCUCGGGACUCAGCACCCUCCUCAAAGCCUCAGCAUCCAUUCUCAGCCCACACUGUUGCCCCAAAACCUGCCUGUGCCAGCAGGGGCACAGAUUAAAAAGAAAAGUGGUUUUCAGAUCACCAGCGUCACACCUGCCCAGAUCUCUGUCAGCACGAACAACAGCAUUACGGAGGACACUGAGAGCUGUGAUGACUUGGAUGAGUCCCACACAGAAGACCUGUCCUCUUCUGAGAUCCUGGAUGUGUCCUUGUCACGGGCUAAUGAUGCAGGGGGGCCUGAGAGGAGCUCCUCUGAAGAAACCCUGAACAACUUUCAUGAGGCAGAGACCCCAGGAGCCGUGUCCCCAAAUCAACCACCUAUUCUCCCCCAGCCUCACGGCACGAUGGUUAAUGGCUCAGUUCACCAUCAUCACCAUCCAGCACAUCCCCACCACGCUCAUCACCACCACCACCACCAGUUUCACUCCACAGCCUCUGGUAAUACUCAUUCCACUAUGUCAGGUUCAGGUGGGACUCAAGCUGGCAUUCCACUUGGUGGUGUAGUGACAUCCACCGCCACAACUAACGCCGGAGCUUUACCAAUCAUAGGCCAGAAAAUGCCUUCAAAUGUGAGUGGAAUUCUGGAAAAUGCCUCUGUUGGCACAAGCGCAGUCAUAGGUCAGCCCUUGGUUGCUGGUGCCCCAGGAACGUCUGCUGGAAUGGUCUCUGCAGCAGGUGCUGCAAUUAGUGUUGUUAAGCCUUUAACAAGCAAUGUAAGUAAUGUUAAUAUAUUAAACUCCAAUGUGCCUGGUUUGGGUGGCAUAAGUACAAACAGUAGCAGUGUAGUUUUUUCUUCUGGUUUGAAUAAUACUAAUAACCAAAACGUAAACUUAAUGCAACAGCAAAGUGGUGUAGUAAGUAGUGUCAUCACUAUGACAUCUGUCACCACUGCCUCUGCUGUUAUUGGGUCCACAAGUGUUAGUCAUGUGGGGACAGCUGACAUGACCCAGCCUUCAACUGCUAUCCCUGGCUCCAACACUCAGCCUCAGCAGGCACAAAUGCCCCCUCCUGCUACUACCAGCUCCCGCUUCAGAGUGGUUAAAUUGGACUCUAGUUCAGAGCCAUUUAAGAAAGGCCGAUGGACAUGCACAGAGUAUUAUGACAAAGAGGCUCCGGGUUCUGGAUCCUCUGAAAAUGCGCCUAGCACCCGAACAGUGGAGAGCAUCCGCCAGUUUGUACAUGAGAGUGUGGUGGGUGCAGAGAGAGAGAGUAUAAGCACAAGCUCUGUCAGCAGCUCAGUCAGCACUCUGAGCCACUACUCAGAGAGUGUGAGCAGUGGUGAUAUUGGAGGCUCCUCAGCUGUGCAGCAGAUCUUUCCACAGCCACCCACACAAAUGCCAGACUACUCCACCCCUGCUAAUGUCUCCAAACCUCAAAUGCAGCGCCAGGACAUGGUGCAUCCCCACCUGAAGGCCAGUGUGCCCACCACACUGCCAGCCUGCACUCAGCAGCAGCAGACUCCAGUCAACAUGGGGGGCUUGCAGACGACCACUGGGCAUCCGUCUCCUGCCGUGGCCCCGCAGCAGCUGACGUAUGCCCAAGCAGCACAACUGACUCCAGCUCAGGGCCUGUCUGGAGUCACUCAGCAGCAGAUGGCUUACCCUCCUGCACAGCAGCCAGCGGCACCAGCCCAGGUAGCCCCAGCGCACGUCAACGCUUUAAGCCAAGGAGGCAGCCUUCCACCUGACUUCACUCAGUCUCAGCAGAUCAUACAGGCUGCAGCUCCAGGAUCAGCACAAGCCCUGCCCCACCUGUCCAGCUCCAUCCCCCCUGUUGCUGUGGCAGGCAAUGGUCAGAUGAUUCCGGCCUCACAGCCACCUGUGGGCAACAUGCCCACUGCUGUAGCUCAGUCACUUUCUCAAGGGUUGAUACAACCACAGCAGACGCCCUCCCCCCAGAUGGUCCAUGCCCCUGCUGGUGGAGUCAUGCAGAAGCCAGUACAGUCUACAGGGCCCGGCGUCAUUCAGCCGCCCCAAGGGCCGCAGCUUUCCUCUCAGCUCUCCAUGGAGCAGCAGGGGCCGCUCAGCAGUCAGGCACUAGGAACCCAAUAUGUUCCUGCAGUUACAUCAAGCCUGCCUGCAUCAAAUGUGCCUCCCAAUCCUCAGAGUGAUCCUCAGUCCAACUUGAUCCAGAAUGGCGCUAAGGAUAUCGGCGCCCAGCCUGCUGUCAGUGCCCUACAUGCCACCCUGCCCUCAUUGAUGGCCACACAGCUGGAGGAUGCCCAACGCCUUCUCAUUCAGCACCAGUCUGUCCUCGCACUUCCCAGGCUAGCAGCUGGUGAAUGUGCCUCCCAAACUGGCACCUCCUUAGGUCCUGAGGAGAGUGGUGGAGUCAAUGCCUUAACUGCUUCAGCCAGUCUGCUGAAGAGCUUGCCUGUAGAUGGAGAGGAAGAUAGUUCUUCGGGUGCCAGUGUUGUGGCCAUAGACAACAAAAUCGAACAAGCAAUGGAUCUAGUGAAGAGUCACUUGAUGUAUGCUGUUCGGGAGGAGGUGGAGGUCUUGAAAGAACAGAUCAAAGAACUAAUAGAAAGAAACUCUCAAUUGGAGCAGGAAAACAACCUGCUGAAGAACCUAGCCAGUCCGGAGCAGCUUGCACAGUUCCAGGCACAAGUUCAAAGUGGCUCACCACCAUCAUCCACACAGGGGGCGCAGCAGCCAGCCGUGGCCCAGCUCUCUGCACAGAACUCUGGACCCUCAGCAUAGCACACAAGUGUUCCCUGUGAUGGGGACUGAGUGGUUAACCGAACUGAAACAGACUGAUGUUAAAGAUCAAGUAUGCCUCACUCACAGGAGGAUUCUUUCAGAAAAAUUUGCACAUAUUUAAAGUCUCAAAACUUGACAAAGGCUACAAUGAGACGCUGUACACACUUACUGACAGUCCAGUACGUUGUUAACAUGUUGGAUAUUGCCAAACUCCAUGGACUGUGACUGUCAGUUGGGAGGAAAAAUCAAGAUGGACACAACUCAAAAGAAUCACUGUGCCUGUGUCUAAAGGAUUUUAAGUGAUGUCGUUUUUCAGUGGUAAAUCUGGCUUUGUAAGGGUGUUUCCAUGCCUCGCUUACUUUUGUAGUGGAAAUGCUGACCACAGUCUUAUUUUUUUAGGCUGCAAAAAGCAAGCACUUUAAUGAUGACGAAUGUGACAAGUCUUUGAUGAACAACUAAUCAGUGCAGCAUCACGUAUGAGGAAGGUGAAUGAGAUUUUGACCCCAAUAUUUGCAUUAGUGUCAUCAUUAUACCUGGGUGAAUGAAGGGAGUAAAGUUGCCUAAGAGGAGAUAAUAAUUUACAGUAUUUAAGACUGAAUUCAUCUUUCUCUCUAUUGUGGCUUCACAGCUGCUUUACCAGUGCAGUGGCACUCGCAGGAAUCAGAGGAAAAAGGCAAUGAGAUGAGUUGAAUGAGUGAAAGGGGGAAGGCUCUUGUAUAUUCUUGUAUAUUUAGUGUAAGUAAUAUGUAAAAUAGUGAUAUUGCGAGAAACACUAAGAGACGCUAUUUAGGUUGUACAAACUAAAGAUGAGGUUGUUGGCUUGCCUGAGACAUUUGACCAUCUUUUUUAUGCUGUUAUACAUGAAUGGACGUAACAGUCUUAGAAUAUUUACAUGAAAAAGACAACUACUCAACUUCUUGGCUGUGUUAAUACCUACUGUAAACCACUGUUCACUUGAAGUUAUUUGAAGUAUAUUGCACCCAUGUGAUUUCUGUUUCCAUUUUGACAGUGAAGUAAUCUGGAGAUCAAACCUUUAACUUACAGUUAUUCUGAAUAUCAUUACAAUCUGAUAUGCAUUAUUAUUAUUGCAUUAUAUGUAUAAGUUGUAUGCUUAGGAGAUAAGGUGUAAAAUAGUUCAAUUGCACUUCACAACUUUCAAUAAAAUGUUUAAGGAACAAUGACUGAGAA